GUGGGUCCUUGUGUUUAACUUGAUCCCUUCGAUAUAUGCAAGAUUCUAGCCAGCUUUAAUUAUUAAUAGACCAUUGAGUUCCUAUUAUCAUAUCUGAUCAGAUCUACGAUUGAGUUCCCUUCUAGUUUCCCCGGAUACUUAGAUCAGCGCUAUACGGAUACUUCAACGACCAUGACUGCCGAGAUCGGUAAUGUCACUGACUCCGCCAACGCGCCAAAAAGUACCGUCACGUCUUCAUCUACCCUUCGCGUGGAACAUGCCACAGUCUCUGACGUCGAAGAACUGACCGAUAUCUGGUAUGCUUCCUUCGGGUCCAGUCUCGGAAAUAUGUUCCCUGACACGCCCGCGGUGCGCCAAUGGUGGAACGACGCCCACCGGGACGAUAUCCUGAACAAGCCUUUCCAGCACUACCUGAAGGUCAUCGAUACAGCUAGUGACGGGAAGAUUAUCGCGUACGCAAAGUGGGAUUUAUCCGUGCCUGCGGAGAGAGGUAGUCGGUUCCCACCAUGGCAUGAGGAAUGCGACAAGGAGCUGUGUAGUCGGCUCUUCGACACUCUGGAAACUGAGCGGGAGAGACUGUUGGGUGGGAAGAAGAAUUAUUAUCUCGAUAUGCUAGCCACGCGCCCAGAACAUGAACGAAGAGGCGCAGGCUCAAUGCUAGUUCAGUGGGGAUGUGAUAUCGCCGAUGAAAAUGGAGUACCUGCGUAUAUCGACGCGAGCAAAGCUGGUGCCCCACUCUACAAGAAGUUUGGUUUUGAAGAUAGAACCGAGCCAGGGCUUGGCUUUCCAGGUAUAGCAUCGAUGGUUCGGGAACCUAGGGCUCGAAAUCAGGAGAAAUGAGAGCCGUGGCUAUUGUUUUAUACCCUAGGGAAAUCAGUCCUAUCUAGUGUCAUCAUGGAUGUCCGCCAUGAUCGGCAGACUUGAGAAAAAGUAAUGGGGGGUUUACUGUAUCUGAGAGAUAAUAUCAGAUAUUGUUAAACAGCGUUGAUAUUGCAUACGGUAGCUUCGACUAGGAAUUGGAUAGUUGCUAACGAACCAUGGUGACGGAGAAAUUUCGGGGCCAAUGAAGAAGUGGAUAGUCCAAUCCAACAAUACAAACCGUCAUUAACAAUUGAUGUGCAUUCCAAUUGCUAGUUUCCUCAUGGAAUAGUCAUUUGUGUCUUUAUUUACAUGAAAUAAUAGUAUUU